GAAUGAUUUUCUUUCUCUUUCAACGUUAUUUUUGUGAGCAUGUCGCGUGAAACUGAUAAAUUGUAUAGUGUGAGAACUCCCCGUCACAAAGCGAGGGAAAUAGCAUGAGAAAUUGUUAAAGUAAUCAUUGAUAAUUCCCUGUCCAAAUGAAAGUGAAAGUGCAUGAGUACGAGUUUACCGCUCGGGGUACGCUUAGCAUGCACACCCGCUGCGUGCAAUUGAAGUGUGAGUGAUGGCUAUGAUGGCUAUGAUGGGGGCCGAAGUGUCGGCAUCAGAUGCAUUGAGUGUUUGCCGUGAUAAAUGUUAAUAUGUUCCUGACUUAGAGUUAGACCUAGGUGAUGUAUUGAUGCAUCAUGUUGCAGCGUCCGUGACUGUGAUGAUGUUCACCCCAAUAUGCAAUAUCGACCAUGAAUCAAAUGAUUGUGAAUCUGUUGGUGUUACAAGUGUUGAAGAUUCCUCUACCCGUUCAGAUCCAGCUACCCCUACCUCGAUCAUCCAGAACAGCAUCAACAGCACCAAGGACCCCUUCGACAUCGACCCCAUCAACCUCCAGAACACUGUCGACCCCAACGACCCCAUUGACCUCAACAUUCAGAAAUAUGGCAGAUGUCGAAGUUGUACCACCACAAGCUAGACAAGAUUUUGAUUCCGACUAACCCGUUCUUUAAAGGUCCAUUGCCUUAGGAAAUUAAAACUUUUAUGUCUUGUAUCAAGACCCUUUUAAAGCAACAUAAUAACAAUUGUUUCAUAAAUAAAUGCCUCCUUAUAUUUUUUACAAUUUUUUGAAAACCUCUCCAAGUUGCUCGUCUAAUGGUGGACCCCGCCCCUUACAAUUCUCAGAGUUCCUCGGAAUGACUGACCAAAGGAUUAGUGAUGUUAUAUCAAGAACGAUCUCCGCUUAGGCAAGCUACGGUGCUUGCUAGCCAGCUCUGCAGGCAUUAUGUUUUGUACACAAACAUAAACAAUAACUUUUGUUAUUAAAUAGUGUGCUAUGCAUCUUUACUUGUUAUUUAUUGUGGUGAAAUUUCACUAAUGGCCCAAUUUUAAAAAGAGAGUUAUACCAUGAGUCGAAGAAGGUCGUAAUUGAUUUGAAUGCCUGUAUAACGUGUCAACUAAAUGCAUGCUAUAAAGAAUUUCAAAGGUAAGAAAAAAAUGUUUCAUAUAUCUAAGUGACUGAAUGUUUUUCGUACUACCUUCUCAAUUUAAAGAAAUAUUGAAAGUGGUAUAUCAGAGUGAAGAAACUUGUGUUUUUCCCUUUACAAGCUCUGCUCUUUCCUACUUCACUUUCAAAUUUCCUCUCUUGUUAUAUAAACAUUUAGCGAUUGCUUUACUUCACACAUUCAAGCAAUGUAUACUAUCCCUCCUAAAAAAAACAUUUUGUAGAUGUGUUAACAAUAGAUAUGGCGACGAAAUGUAUCAGCAUCUCUGAAAUGCCUAAGCAUAAAAAAUGUUGGCAAUUUCUCUGAAUUUUAUUUUUUAUUUUUUAUGGAACAUUGUUUACAUUAAUUGCCUAGUUCUUGGUAUGCAAAUGGUGGACACUUUAUUAAUUUCUUUAUAUUUUUGUGCUGUACAUUAUGUAGAGGAAUCUUGUCAUAAGCAAUCGUGUUCGUCUGCCAGAAAGUUUGUUUUGUUUUACUCGGGAAGUUGUGAGGAUUGUUUAUUAUAUUCGUACAAUGAAUUUCAGUAUGUUAUGUUGUGUUACGUGUAAGCGACAAUUCAUUUUAUAACAGCUCCUAUCGUCCUAGCUUUCAUUGAUAGGCCUAUAUUGUGACACAUUGAGAUACCUUGAACUUGAAACUAUGUUUACAUCUUUUUCGAAUUCAAACGAAAAUACAAAAGAAAGAUGUACAAUAA